AUGUCAUUUUUGGACCUUGAAUCAGAUCCAAGGGACAGUGAAGCCAGGUCUUUACCCUCGCCAACACCUGUGCAAGACAAGGAGAUUGUUAUGUUGCUUACUGCUUUUUCGAAAAAUAUCCAGAAUCUACAAAAGAAUGUAAAUCUACUUGGGACGUCUAGGGACCAGCAAGCUUUGCGAACUCUAAUCGAAACGAAGGAAAUACCACUGUGUGAGGAGUUGCGUGAUACUUUACAAUCGAAUUCCAAGCUUUUAUCGAAGGAUAAGUAUGUUUCUGAUUUACAAUGGUUAAGUUUGGACUUGCUACAGUUGAAGAGAGAGUAUCAGAAACGCAAGAUGGAUUAUACGUUAAGAAACAAGAAAAAAUCGCAAGUAGGUUCUGUCUCGACUACUUUAGAGAAUGCUACUUUGACUGCGGUUCCUAGUAACCCUACUACGUUUGAUGAGACGAACGAUAACAGCUAUGUUUCCAUUCAAGUGAGGCCUGAUGAGCGAACCCCACUUUUGCAACAACAGGUGCAGGCCAAAAAACAGCAACAUGUUCUACAAGAUGAGCUAGACUUCCAUACAUUAAUACAGGAGGUAAGAAACCAGGAGAUCACCAGAAUCCAUUCACAGGUGCAAGACGUCAACGCAAUAUUUAAGCAACUUGGCACAUUGGUUCAAGAUCAAGGGCAAAAUGUGAACACUAUAGAUCAAAAUAUUAAUGGCUUGGCUUCAAACCUGCAGAAUGCCAAUCAACAGCUACGCAAAGCAGAUAAAUACCAACGCCAGCGCAACAAGUGUGGUACGCUUACGUUAUGCAUAAUUGCAGUAGUAACUUUUGUGGUGAUAUUGGCUAUUAUUAGUUGA